GCAUCUCUAAAAGCGGAGAAUUUGACCCGUUUCCUGCUCAGUCUUGACUUGUUUGUUCACAUAAGCAAUCCAUUUCAAACACUUGUCCCAAACGUAUAAUUGCAUCGCAUUUGCAUCUUCCCGCACGCCAAACAUCUGAUUUCUUAUACUGCUAGCUUCUUCUUCUUCUUCUUCUGAUUCUGCAACGUAUCUAAAGGGAGAGGGAGCUUCGCCCCUCUCUCUUUCUUUCUAUAUGCGAUUGCUAUUGACGCAGGGCAGCGAUUUUUCAACGAUCUUGAGUCGCGUUGGGCAAUGGAAGACAAGGGAGAUGUGGGAAAUUCGCGGCACGAUUUAAUUGAAGGGACGCCGGUUUUUGUGAAGGAGCUGAUUGCCGGCGGGGUUGCCGGUGGAUUCGCCAAAACUGUUGUUGCGCCGCUCGAACGCGUCAAGAUUUUGUUUCAGACAAGAAGAGCCGAGUUCCAUAGUGUUGGCCUGCUAGGAUCUUUCUCGAAAAUUGCCAAAACUGAAGGGGUGCGUGGAUUUUAUAGAGGGAAUGGAGCAAGUGUUGCUCGUAUUGUACCUUAUGCAGCAUUGCAUUACAUGGCCUACGAAGAAUACCGAAGAUGGAUCAUUUUAGGUUUCCCCGAUGUCUGGAGAGGUCCUGUCCUCGAUCUUAUAGCCGGAUCGUUUGCUGGGGGGACAGCUGUUCUAUUCACUUACCCUCUUGAUUUAGUUCGCACAAGAUUGGCCUAUCAGGUUGUCGAAUCCUCAAAAACCAGUGUCAAAUCGCAUGCUUCGAGAGAGCUCGUCUACAGAGGAAUCUUGGAUUGCUUCUCUCAGAUAUACAAAGAGGCCGGAGUAAGAGGUCUCUACCGAGGUGUUGCGCCAUCGCUGUACGGGAUCUUCCCCUACGCGGGAUUGAAAUUCUACUUCUACGAGGAAAUGAAACGCCACGUCCCCGAAGAUCACAAAAAGGAUAUCACUGUUAAACUCGUCUGUGGCUCCGUUGCCGGUCUACUAGGCCAGACUUUCACUUACCCUCUCGAUGUUGUCAGACGCCAAAUGCAGGUUCAGCGACUCGAAUCCGGAAUCAGUGCAAAGAGAGGGACAUUAGAAACUCUUAUCACGAUAUUUCGAACACAAGGAUGGAAACAACUCUUCUCGGGGCUUAGCAUCAACUACUUGAAGGUUGUACCUUCAGUAGCAAUUGGUUUCACCGUCUACGAUCUCAUGAAGGCGUCGCUGCAAGUUCCGCCGAGGGAUGAAAAAACAGCUCCUGCGGGCGGCGUAGAGUUCGAGAAGCGACCGAACAGCCAGAGUUCUUCGUCGCUGCCGUUGUCCCAAACUCAGCAAUGACCAUUUUGUUGUUUGAUUCCAAACUGGUGAGAAUUCAAUGCAAUUUAAUCACCAUUGUUGAAUUUGCAGAAAUUUGUGAAGGAGGUGAGGCGUGUAUAUAGUGAAAAGGGGAUAUAUUUGUUAAUAUAGGGACAUUCUAAUAAUAAACAUAUAAUAUGAUACGAAGAGUAGGUCCCACAUAACCCCUAAUAUUUUAUUUUUUCUUUUUGGAAAGAGCUUUGCUUAUACGGAUACUUUUAGGGUGUGUUUGUUUGGGGGUUUGGAUUUUGGAUUGGGAUUUGAAUAGUAAAAAUUUUGAAUUUAAAUAGUUGUAUGAUGUGAUAUAAAUAGGGUUUGAUGUGAUGUUU